AUUUACUUUCUAGGCUAUUUCCCGCCAAAUUUGUGAUAGAGUGAGCGAGGUGUUGAGACAAGAGAUACGUACUAAGGUAGUGUGUGUUACUAAGGCUCGAUUAGGAAACGUCUAGCACUUAUUUCAGAAGUGCGAUAUGUACGUCAAAGUCAAGUCCAUGGACGGCACUCAGACUGCCGUCCUCACUAUAUCAAAACUAACAACCAUAGAUGAUUUCCGAGGCAUGGUAGAGGAGAAAUUGAAAAUUGCCAAGGAUCGGCAGCGGCUGUUUUACCGCGGGAAGCAGAUGGAAGAUGGUUAUAGCAUGUUUGACUACAACAUCAACGUCAACGAUGUUAUCCAGCUGAUGGUGAAACCAGUGUUGUCUGAGACUAAUAUCAAUACCUCCAUAAAAGCAGUCUCCAAAAAGGUUUUGGAGGGCAAGGAAAAUAAUGAGACUAGCCAGGAACCAGUGAUGAUAAAGGAGAGUGAAUUCUACAGAGUGGGUGACUUGGUUGAUGGGAAGUCUCUAUAUGAUGGAACUUGGUGGGAGGGGAAGAUAGUUAAGAUAGUACCCAACCCCAACAUUAAGGAGUCCUUAGAUGGGGAUGAUGGCUUCUUAUAUCAUUUUGUGGAUGAGAGGUGUGAGCUAGAGCCCCCAUCAGAGCUGCUGCUAAAACACAUCCGCCCCCGUGCUCACCAUUUACUGUGUUUGAAAGACUUGAAGCCUGGUGAUAUGAUCAUGGCCAACUACAACCUAGAAGAACCUCAGGAGAGAGGCCACUGGUUUGACUGCAAGUACAGAUGGAAAUGCUACUGCAGCACUUCCAACGCCUAACACAGCUGAACCUCCUGCUGGUGCUGAGACAUCCACCGUCUUGGUAGAUAAUGCAGCAAUGGGUUGUAGAGGUUGAGCACCAUCUCUGAAAGAAAGUUAA